AUGCUGUCAGAUGCACACGUUGCAUCAGAAACUGUCGAGGAAUCUUCUAAAAAAGAUUCUAAAACUAAUGCAACAAAAGUAUCAGCAAUUCCUAUAAAUACAAACUAUGUGAAGAAGAAACUUAUGAAUGUAACUAAUUCUCAAGAUCAAGAUCAAGAUCAGAUCGAUCCAUUAUUAAAAGUAAGACAAAUUACAACACCUGACAUGUGCGAUUCAUGUUGUUAUCGAAGUAAAGUUUCACAGAAUGCUAAGCUAUGCAAGGAAAAUGCUAGCAAUAAAAAGAAUGAAGUAAUAGUAGAUGAAAAUAUUGUUAAUGGCAAGGAUCAGAUGGAUUUAGUGCUUAAGAGUGAAAUAAAUCCGAAAGAGAUUGAGAUUAAACGUGAAAAAAGUCAAGAAGAUAAUAAGAGCAAAGCUGAAACUAAAGUUAAACAUUCAAAUGACUUAGCUAUUUGUGCACAAUUUGGACACAAGCGCCCUCUAACUUCCAGAAUCCCUGCAUUGGAUUUGUUUGUUAAGAACGAUCAGAAUCAGAUUCAUCUUGCUAAUCCAUUAAUGGGAAGCAAAUUAUCCUUCUUAAAAGCAGAUGAAUCAAUUACCACUGAUAAAAUUUUGGAUUCUACUGAUUUCGUUAAGAAUUAUUCUACAGUAAAUAGCAACAGUAUUUCUUCUGAUAUUAAAGAUUCUGCUUUCAACAAAGUUUGUAAUUCCAAGAUAGAAGCAAAUUCAACAGAAAAUAUGAAAUUAAACAAAGAAAAGCCAAGUUUAUCGCAAGAAAAAGUAGAAAUAGAAAUCAUAGGAGCGCUAGAAUCCUCAGAUAUGCAAAAUUUGCAAGUAGUAAAUUUGGUUCAGAAGUCAUCAAGAGAAGAUCUAUAUCGAACUGCUGAAUCUACGAAGCAUACAACCAGCAAAUUAACGGGAACAGAUUCAGUUCAGGAGGAAGAACAAAUAAAUUUAAUGCGAAAUCCUGAUGAAUCUGAUAUUACUAUUCUACAAACAAAUACUGAACUGCAAUCUGUCGAAAACGUAGAAAGUGUAAAAUCAAGCAACUUUUCUGUGACACAGAAUUUGAAUGAAGAUUCAAAGACUAUAAACGCUUCCUUAGGAGAUUCUGAUUCUGAUCAGGCUUGUUUUUUGAUUUCAAUAUUCUUGAAAAGAGGCUUUUAUGGUAUAACUAAGAUGAUCAUUUUAAUCUUUAAAUCCAAAAAUACAUUAAGCUUUAUUGCUUGUUACAGAAGUCACAGAUAG